AUGAGGGCUGCGCUGUCCAGAAGUCAGUGCAUUAGGGCUGCAUUUCCUCUGUCCUUUUGGUUUGACUUUGGGACACGUGAGGUUGAUUACAAGUCAUCUGCGUCGGUGUCACUUUUUCUCUCCUCGAUGACAAAACCUUCGGGCCGAUUAGCUCGUCGUCAUGACGCGAUGAGGAGUGCGACAAAUUUUGCCUACACGUGUGCCUAUGAGCUGGUUAUCUGGCCACGACUCACACGCCCCACCUCGAGACCAAACAAGUCUCUCGUUCCUGUCGUCAGGCCUUCAAGUCACGAGGUAACUGCUUGGCUGGGACGAGAUUUAAUCAGCCUCGAGGCUUUUGCUUUCCGAGCUGACCGACAUCUUUUCCGUCUCAGAUCGGAGUCGGCCAAUCCUGCUCGGCCCGACCGGCUGCGCCCAAGUUUGGUGGAUUGA